AUCACUUUAUAUAAAAAUAGACAUCAUGCGGUGUUUUAUUAUUAUUAUUUUUUUCAGGCUUAAGGACGAGGCUGCCCUUUUAUUAAAAAGAGGGAAAAAAUAGUAGCAUUUUGGUCGCUUGAGAUCCGUUGCGCUUCAAAACUCGGGGAGGCGGAGCUUAAGGGCAGUAGGCCACGCCUACCUGGGGGCUGAAGUCACAAGUGGCUCCGCCCCUAAGAACACGCCCCUUCCAGGCUGGAGGGAGGAAGGAAGACCCACGUGGCGUGCUGCGGUGCCGCUACCUCUCAUGCCGUAGGAUUGUGGGGACGGGUUUACGUGCGGUUCAUUAUAGGCUUCUGUGUCUUAUGAGUCAAGGCUUAGUCCCUAAACCUUGUUCUAGUUUGGGGCUUCCGUCCCGAGAGUCAGGUUUCUCUAGGCAUGUGCAGAGUGCCCCCCCUCACACAAUAGCUCUUCCUCACAGUAUUGCAUGCACAGUGGAUUAAGUCCUGUUUGCGAAGAUAACGCACUCACACAUUUGGGGUUCCGAAAAUGCAGCGUGCUCAAGCCCCUUUCGUCAAAUUGAAUAGAUCUAGUGGGCAAGACUUUGCGGGGGGAGAGGAGGAGCGAGGAGGCAAUAUUUUUCCUAAUAUUUUUCACAACAUCGAGCCAUUAGCAUUUUCAGGAUUGCUUCAAUAGUCUCCGGAGAUGGAUGUCGUUUACUGGAGACUCCGCAACAAUCCUGGGCGGCUGGCAGCCCUACACUGCUAGAUAAAGGACACCCUGGGUCAAGGGUCUGCCUCCCCUUCCCCAAAUAAGUUGCACAGCUGGUACAGAAUGUAUCAUAGGAUGUUAAAUUUGGCAGGCGUCCUUGACCGUAUCAGAUCAGCGUGUCCUUGAGCUGAACUGACUGAAUAGGGAGGCUGGACUCUCCCUCCUUUCCCCAGAGAAAGGACAUUGGAUGCAUGAAGACGGCGUUGGAACUACGACUCCCAAGAGCCAUUGCGCGGGAUUAGGUCAUCUCUUCGCGCCAGGCUGUACGCCAAAGGGUGGCCAUGGAGCAAAGCGGGAGGAUUUCAAUACAGAAGACUUCAGUAGAGAUGGAGGAGAAGGUGAACAAGGUUGCUUUGUGGCUGAAAAAGACUUAUGGGGAUCAACCCAUCCCCCCUUAUGAGGCAGAUGCACGAACAAUUGAUAUUUUGUAUGAGCUGGCAGAAUGCAACGAAUCCAGAGACGGGGACAUCAGCCUAUUAAUUGAUGACAUGAAGCAGAAAACAUCAGAGUAUGAAUCAGAUGGGAACUAUCUACAAGAUCUUCUGACUGAGAGUUUGGAUCUGUCAUUCAGUAGCCUUUCUAAGGCCAGCACCAGCUAUCUGAACACCUUGGUAGAUACAGCAUUAGUCCUUGAAACAAAGGACACUUCCCUUGCAAGCUUCAUUCCCGCCAUCAAUGAUUUGACGUCGGAUCUGUAUGCAGCAGAGUCCAAAAACAAAGAGAUGGAGCUUGAACUGACCAACCUGAGGAAAAAACUCACUGCAGCGCUAGUGCUGGAAAAGCGUCUUCAAGAUGAUCUUGCAAAAACAGAAGAGCUUUUGGUAACGGAAAAAGCCAAAGCUGAUAGCAGGACUCAAAAUAUGAAGUUCCUAAAGGACAAAUCUGCAGAUUUCCAGUUCAGAAUAAAGUCAGCCGAGGAGCAACUUUCUGCGAGUGGGAUGGAUGCCUCCCUGACUCACGAGUCUCUAGUGAGUCUCUCAGAGAAACUGAAAGAAUUAAAGAAGCAGGCAGCACCUCUGAAGAAGAAACUGGACUCUUACCUGGACCUUACACCAAGUCCAUCUCUUGCUCGAGUGAAGAUUGAAGAAGCAAAGAGAGAGUUGGAAACACUCGAGGCAGAGUUUUCAACCAAAGUGGAUAUGAUGGCACUCUCGGAACCUUUAUCAUGCAAACAUCGAUUUACCUAAUGGCUUUGUGUGGGAAGAAGAAACAGUGUGAUAUUUGUAAAUGUUGUGGAUGUCAGUAUGUUUUUCUUACCUUCACAUAGUAUUCUCCUCUUUCAAUCACCUUCAUUUCUCUUGAAGAAAAUUAGCUUUAAAAAAAAAUGCUGUACAGCUUUUCUAUUUUGUAAGUUCUCUAUUUCCCCCCUUGCUGAAUGAACAAUAAAAUGAUCUUUCUAAAUCA